AUGAAUCAAAAUCAAACAGCUCAAAUCGAAAAUGAAUUAGAAACAAGCAACAAAGAUGCAUUGCAAUCCUUCCCGAGAAUUGAACUUCCAUUCCCACCGACAAUCACUCCGGAAGAAAUUAUUAAUAUCAAAGAUGGCAAAAUCCCAUCUAAACCCCCAAACAGCUUUAUCAUCUAUCGUCGCGCUUUUCAGAAACAAAUCAAAGAAAGCGGUGUUUUGUUAAAAUUAAACGUCGUAUCUGCAUUGGCAUCCGAACAAUGGAAGAAAGAACCAAUCGAAGUAAAGAAGGCGUAUAAACAAUUAGCAUUGCAAGUCAAUUACGCAUUAGUUGAAAUGCGUGCUCGAGAAGUUAGAGCAAAGAAAUACGCACUAGAAUUGGAAAAUUUAUCUAAUCAAAAAGCACAUGAAUCCAUAAAUGACAUGGAAUUUCGUGGACAACAAUUUUUUUCACCUCAAUCACAAGAAAAUCAAUAUUUUAUGUCAUCCCCACUUUCACAAUGUUCAAUUGAAGAUUUUUCUUUUAUUGGUCAAGAAGAAAAUUCAACUUUCUUAAUUAAAGAAAAUGAAUCGAACAUUUUUAAUAACAUGUCGCAUGAUCAUUUUCACAACAAAAAUCAACAUUGUAUUAAUGAAGAAACGCAAGAGUUUCAAACAACACCAUACGAAUUACCAUACGAAUUACCAUUAGACUUCAAUAGUUAUUUGCCUGGCUUUGAAGCCUUUCCAAAUUAUGCUCAAAGAUUUUAG